UUAUUUCUUACUGUUAUUUUUUCCUUAUCUAUUUUUUACUUAACACUUAUUUUUUCUUAAAACUGCAUUGUUGGUUAACGGCUUGUAAGUACGCAAUUCACUGUUCAGCACAUGCAAAGAAUAAAAUGUGGUUUGAUUUGAUUUGAAUUGAAUGGGAGAAAAUGUAUCUUUUCUUUCUAUCAGUAACUCAGGGAUAAAUAGAGAGGCAGAGCUCAGAGUUUGUCAGAAGGCGGACCUGACAGGGUCACACACAGGACCAAGCAGGAGCAGGACCUCAGCAUUUUUACUUUUUAAUACAAAUGGAGAAACAUGAAGAUGUUCAAUACUGUUUUCAAGACAGAAACUCUUCUUGCAGAAAGGCUCUGCUGUCAACAUCUAUCUACAUAACACUGUACAUCUUCUUCUCAUUGAUUUCAGCAGUUACAGUAUUUUUGAACGUACUGGUGAUCAUCUCAAUCUCUCACCUCAAGCAGCUCCACACUCCAACCAACCUGCUCAUCCUCUCUCUGGCUGUGUCAGAUCUCCUGGUGGGACUGAUUGUGAUACCAGUAAUGACUGUAGCAACAAUGGAGUCAUGCUGGGGUUUUGGGGAAUAUUUCUGUGUGUUUCAUGCCUACUUUGCUUGUUUAUGUACUUCUUUAUCUCUGGGCAAUUUGGUCUUGAUAUCUAUUGACCGCUAUGUUGCUGUGUGUGAUCCCUUACUGUACCACUCUAAAAUAACAAUAACAAGAAUCAUGUGUUGUAUAUCCAUUACCUGGUGUUGUUGUAUCAUAUACCGUGCUGCUAAUAUGCAGUUUUUUGUAAAUGUACAGGUACCAAGUAGGUGUUUGAAAGAAUGUUUUACCGUUGAAGGGUCAAUCUGGGUUAAUAUCACUGACCUUGUUAUUACAAUGGUUGUCCCGUGCUCUGUUAUUGUAACACUCUAUAUGAAAAUCUUUGUGGUGGCCAGAUCACAGGCCAAAAAGGUGUUUUCAAAAGAGGCUGCCAGUGUGUCUGGUGGUAAAACUGUACAGGCAAAUAAGUCUGAGAGAAAAGCAGCAAAAACUCAAAUAGUUGUUUUCAACUAUUUCAUUUGUUGGAUUCCAUCUCUAUUUAGUUUCUUAUUUUUAUCUAUUUUAAGUGAUUAUUUAUUAUCGUAUUUGAUAAAUUUUCUGGCAUUUGUUAAUUCCUUAAUUAAUCCAAUCAUUUAUGCAUUCCUUUAUCCAUGGAUCAAAGUGACAGCUAAACAUAUUUUAUCUCUGAUCUUAAGGCGUUCAUAGUUCCUGUGUUUUUAUUCCCUAGUUUGACAAACAUGGGUUUGAUAUAGUUUUGUUAUACAAUUGUUGAAUGUAUUUCUUUCAUGUAACAAUACACUGACAUGACUUAUCUCAGUGUUUUCAUCAUAGGUACCUGUUGUUUUGAUACAGAAUGAUUUGGCUGGAUUGAAUAGGAAUGAGUUGGAGAAGGCAUAAGAAGGAAUAAGUUUGUUUUAUAAAUGACAUUGUAGUCAUUUUGGGUUGUAUAUUCCAAAUACCAAAGUCUGUUGUUGUUCCAUGUUAUUUAAUGAUAAAUAGUAUGUAAGUGUUCUAAUAGUACAUUUUGAGAACGUCAUGAGUCAUUACGUAUGUUUAAAAUCACCCUCUAGUGGCUCAAUUGGGAUACAACGCCUUCAACAAGUGUAGUAAAAAGUAAAUGUACAAUAUGCAUGAUAUCAAGAUAACAUCCAAGUCUAUCUCAAUGGUGUAUUGUGUAAGUAGUUAAUGGUCAAAUUUAAGAAUAUGCAAUU